AUGGCGCCACGGAACAUGACAAGACCUGCCCAUCCUCAAGUUAAGGCAGCAUCACCCUCGACCCCGACAACAAUGAUCAGUCUUCCGAUGGAAGCCAUCGAGAGGAUUGCUCACUGCGUCGACGUCCGAGAUGUGGAUGACAUACACGCUCUAUCUCGGGUGUGCAAAGGCUUCUACCAUGCCUGCAUUCCAAUCUACCACAAGAGGGUGGUUGAGAGACACCCUUAUAUACUCAAUUGGGCGACCGCAAUCGGCAGAUUGGAUCUCAUGGAGAGAUUCCUCAAAGCUGGUGCAGAUCAAAACGCGAAGAUUCGUGAUCCGGGACGUGAUAGGAGAAGACCGCGCUUCUACCCGCCAGGACUUACUACUUUGGGGAUAUUCUUUUGGCAAUACUUUCGCCAGUCAUUCGACUCGAUCUUCGUACCACGUCAAUACAGAGGGCUUUUGAGAGAAGGACAUCGCCUCCGACGAGCAAGGCCCGAAGAUCGCUCUCUGACGCCUCUAAGUAUCGCUGUCUACCAAGGCAACUACGAAGCCCUCGCCUUGUUGUGCAGACACAAUCCCGAUUGGAUGGUACAACUCGACCCUCGCCUUAUCGACAUAGAAGGAGAGCCAAAUGGGCUGUAUUGGCGUCUCUCCGAUAUGGCAUUCUACCACAGGGACGAAGAUAUACUGUUGAAGGCCUUGCCAGCAAUACAAGCAACAGGCUUGCGUCAUCUCGCCGUAAUAUAUCGGAGACUCUCACUGAAAAGGCUCAUUGACCGAGAUUUUUUAAAGGUGGCAGCGUUCCUUCUCGAGCAGUUACCCUUCGACAAUAACCACUUCAUGAUCCUCAGCGAUUAUAUCUUCCAUGGCGCGGAUGUGAAUGAAAGGUGGCGGGACUUUCAUAAUCUCAGUGCUAUGCAGCAUGCAUUCCGCCUAUCACUCGACCAGACAAGACGGCCAGACUUCUUCGCGGAUUGGGCAGCGUUGCUCGCAAACUACGGAGCAAAUAUCGACGAGGAUCAAGGCAUAGGUCAUACCCUUCUUAUAGAGGCUUGCUACAUUGGUUGUUUCGACCAGGCGCGUGUGCUCCUCUCUGUCGGAGCUUCGCCAGUUAUAGCCUUCUCUCGUGCCGGUUUGCAUGUAGCCGCCCGAGCUCCACCGCAAGGUGGCGAGUUUCACAUUGGCUCCCACGGAAACGGUUUACCGGUGAUAGAUUUCACGCCCCUUGAGAUUGCGUGUCUACCGUAUAUGCACGGGUGGUCAUACGGGCUGUUGACCUAUAAGGCGAGCCACGACGCCCGGUCAGAAGCCAGAUGCCAGGCCUGGCACGCGUCACGGUUGGCGUUCAUAAGAGCUAUAGCCCCAACCUUGGAAGACGCUCGCGGGCAGGCGAUCUUGCGAACGGCACUGUCCAUAGCUGCUGAGCUCCGGGAUGUGGAUGUUGUCAGCGCCUUGCUGGAGGCUGGCGCCGGCCUUACCGGUGGGAGUGAGCUAUCCUGGGGCAGGAUGGGCAUGUUUCCUCCGCUUGUGGUUGCGCUGCUCAAGUCAAAGGUCUUUAGACACCAGGGAGGCCGAGGUGAUGCUGAGAAGACGGCCAGACUACUUCUUGACAGCGGGGCGGAUGUGGGGAAUUUGCAGUACUUUCCAGGCGCGUUAUGGAAUUUCGAGGUGAUUCUUGGGGUCUCUGCGGAAGAUUACAGACAGCCGGUAUGA